CCCAAGUCUCCGGCCUGCCGGCUAUUAAACACUAGCCCCGACGCCGUCUCGAGGUACCUACCCCGACUUGCCCUCCUCCUCACUGUCUCUGUUUUGUCCGGUGUACUCGGUUCUCCUGCAGAUAUCACCUUUCCGAGUUGGGUUGGACCAUCAAUGCCACUCCAACUAUAUCGUCUGUAACUUGCUGCGCCAAUUUGUUCCUGUCCUGUCUGCUGUCGCGAGCCCGCUCUCGGCAGGAAGUAUACCCUCGGCAUCUAGAUCCAGAUCAAGUAUGCGAACGUGCAGUCUCCUGCCUAUGCAAUGAGAUGAUGCAGACUGCCCUCCAUCAGCCCAUGGGGAUGACACUUUUAGCUGAUGCCGCUACCUCGUCGCUCACAGCUCUCAAAGCCUCCACCCCGGCUUUUUCUUCGACUUCCCAGAUCGUGCCUCCGGAACCUGCCCGGACCGUCGUCGCCGUCUACACGCCGGGCCAGGAGGCCAUCGUGCAAGUGGUUGCGGACAUUCUUGGCAAGCCAUGGACCACGGAAACAUCGCUGUCGACGCUUGGCCGGGGCAGCACUGCCGUCGUGGUGGGGUUUCUGGCGACGGAAGAGUCCGUCCGGGAUCUUGAAGUGGAUGACCUGACGGCUUGUAUCUUGGUCAAUACGCAUUGUGUCGAUGAUGGGUCAUUCCCGGAUGAUGCGCUCACCGAUCGCUGUCAUUACGAGUUUCUCUACUCCCUCCGCAGUCCUUUCUUUCGUCGCGACUUGACGCGGUUCUUGUCGCUGAUUCUGGGCCAGACUCGGCCGCAUGAGGAUCUCAAGACCAAGAAUCGGACUAACUUUAUCUCCACUACUUUUCCGGACGUUCAUGCCGCCUUGCCUAAUCUCGACAUCCUGUCUGUGGGGUCGGAUGCGGUGGAAAUUCGCGUGGACUUGCUGGUCGAUCCGGAGCCGCCCCAGGGGGCGUCGGCGGCUGUCCCCAGUCUACGGUACGUUGGGCAGCAGUUGAUGUUGCUAAGACAGCAUACGGAGAUGCCGAUUAUCUUUACGACGCGGUGCACCAAGGAGAAUGGUAAGUUUCCGAUGGAUGACCCGCUGCUCUUCUACAAGUAUCUCCGGCGGGCCAUCCAGUGGGGGGUGGAGUACAUUGACGUCGAGCUGUGGCUGCCCGAGGACAUCCGGCGACGGCUGUCGGAGGUCAAAGGGAAUAGCAUCAUCAUGUCGGCGUUUCACGAUUUCUCCGGGACGUGGAAGUGGACGUCCCCCGAGGCGCCUCGGAUCUUUGCGGAAAGCGCCAAAUACGCCGACAUUGUCAAGAUGAUUGCCAUGGUCAAUACGAUCGAGGCCAACUACGAGCUGGAGUACUUUCGGUCGACGAUCAAAGGGACCCACGGAUCCUACCCGCUCCUCUCGGCCGUGAACAUGGGACAAAUGGGACAGCUGUCUCGAGCUCUUAAUACGGUGUUUUCGCCCAUCACGCAUCCCUUGCUGCCGAUGAUUGCGGCGCCCGGGCAGCUGACGGCGGCCGAGAUCAACGAGGCGCUGCACAUCAUGGGUCAGCUCCCCAAGCGGGACCUGUACGCGAUCGGGUCCUUCCGAUCGACGCCGCAGUCGAUGUUCAUGGAGAAAUGCUUCAACGAGCUCAGCCUGCCGCACACGCUGACCUCGAUUGACCGCGGGCCCACGGGGUCCAUUGAGCGGGUGAUCACUCAACCGACCUUUGGCGGCGCGUCCGUCCACCCCCCGAUCACCAGUGGGACGACGUCAAUUCCCACGGUCAGCGAGGCGGCCCAGGCGAUUGGACUGAUUGAUACGAUUGUCGCAGGGCGCGGGUCUCCGCAGCCGCAGUUGAUCGGGGAGAAUGCAGUGUGGAAGGGGAUCCGGGCGACCCUGACGCGGGACUAUGUGCCGUCGGCGUACCGGGGCCGGGCGGCCAUCAUUCUGGCGGGGAGCGAGAGCGAAGCGUCGGCGACGAUCUUUGCGCUGCGCAGUCUGGGAGUGGGUGCGAUCCACACGGUCGGAUUCCGGGCGCGCGGGCCGCUGGCGGAAGGGCUGGAGCCCUUCACGUCGAUCCAGUCGGUGAAGAUGGUGGAGCAGCCGUUCGUGAUGGUGUCGGCGCUGCCGCCCGAGAAGUCGCUGCUGGUGCAGCCGUUGCUGCGACACUACCGGACGAGUGGGCGCACGUCGCCGCCGUCGACUCGCGGGAAGGUAUACCUGGACCUGACACGCGGGGAGCGUACCGGAGAUCCGGUCGGGGUGGCCGAGCGAGCGGGCUGGACGGCAUAUGGGAUCGAGGAUGUGGAUGCAUGGACGACGGUGGAGACGCUGCGACUGCUGGUGGGACAGAACGUACCGUUUGAUUUUGUGCGGAUGGCGUCGGGGCGGGUGUUUUAAGCUGUAUAGAUAUGAAUGAUGACUGGUCUUGCUUGUUGUAUCUUGCGUAGGUUGUAUGACUGCGUCCGAUGGUGUGAUCAUAAGUAUUUCUGCAGCGGGGUUGCAGCAAUUAAAAGC